UCAACAAUGAAGCUGAUUUUUCUGAUAUUUACUCUGAACAUUUCUUAUUGUUUAGUUACCUGCGUACAAAUCACAUUAAGAACAAAACUUGGGAACAUAACUGGAGUUGAAAGAAAAAUUUUAGAUAUCAAACUUUUGGAAUUCCGUAAAAUUCCAUAUGCCAAAGCUCCAGUCGGCAAUUUGCGAUUUGAAAAACCAGUGCCUUAUGGGUCGUGGACAACUCCAUUAGACGCAACCACAUAUAGCCCGUCUUGUUAUCAGGAUCUACCGGAAAAUGUAAAGAAUGUUUUAGUAAACAAAAUCGUAACUGAAGAUUGUUUAUUUCUAAACAUUCAAGUUCCCUUUACAGUUACUCCUAAGACUCACAAAUCUGUGAUGGUAUGGAUUCACGGCGGCGGAUACUCUACUGGACAGGCGGCUUUAUAUGACGCUGGAAGGUUUGCUAUAACAGGAGAUGUAAUUGUUGUCACUAUAAACUAUCGUCUAAACGUGUUUGGAUUUUUAAGUACUACCGAUUUAGAUGGCAACUAUGGGAUAUGGGAUCAGAUUUUAGCUAUUCGGUGGAUUAAAAACAAUAUUGAAUCUUUUGGUGGAAAUAGCGAUUCAAUUACGAUUUUUGGCGAGUCCGCAGGAGGAUUCAGUGUUGGACUGUUAUCGAUCGCUUCAAGAAAUGACGGACUAUUCCAGAGAGCCAUAAUGCAGAGUGGAGUAGCUAUUUCCCCCUAUUCCAUGGGCCAAAAAGCCAACUCUUCCCUAGUUUCGCAGUUUGUAAAUUGUACACACAAUGAAAAGAAUUUAGUCAGCUGUUUGAAGAGGAAAACAUCGUCUGAGCUGUUUGAAGGAUUGAUGAAGUCAAAAUUUAGACAGCAAACACUAUUAGGAAUUCAACUUGCUCCAGUUGUAGACGGAAAACUGUUUCUUGACCACCCACUUAAGCUUCUAAAUGAUGCAGAUUCUCCAGCAUCUAAGUUUUAUAGGUCAUUAGAUGUCAUAAUAGGAACUACAAGUGGCGAAGCAUCACUUUUUGUUUUUUCGCUUCAAAAACUUCAGAAACCAUUUCAUUUCAAUAUAUCAGAUGGAAUUCCUAAACGUAUUCUAACAGACUUUCUUGCGCCAGAAAUCGCUAAGGCAUACUUCAAUGGCAACCCUAGAGUCAUCACUGCUAUUAUUGAGCAAUAUGGCCAAUCAAAUGAUACAAUGAGACAAACCUUUGACAUUCUUGAUCUGUAUACAGAUUUACUGUUUUUUGUCCCUGCUGUACGUUCUUUGCUGUUACAUGAUCCAAACAAUGCAAAGAAAAGUCGCCAGUUUCUGUAUAUGUUCUAUGGUCAACCAUCCUUUCCCUUGUUUGGACCACUCCCACCUUGGUUCAACAGGUCUGAACAUGCAGCAGACACUAUGUAUCAAUUUGGCAACAGUUUUGUGUCUCUUCCCACUCUGGACACCGAUCUAUCAGAAAAUUUCAUGAAGUACUGGACAAAUUUUGCAAAAACUGGAGAUGUUAAUGACGCAGACCUGCCAAUGUGGAAAGAUUAUGAUGCCAUUAAAGCACAUUACAUCAAUUUGGAUGUCAAUAUUACUACGGGUCAAUUUUUGUUCCAGGAUCGUGUUAAAUUUUGGUUAAAUGAUAUCCACCAAAUUCAUAACCCAACAUCGAGUGGAACAUGCCUAAGGCAAAUUACCAUUGAAUGGCUUAUAUUUGCUUCAUUCAUGUUUAGUUCUGUAUUUUUUUACCCUUAAAAAUAAGAAGUUAUGAUGGUUUGGCAUUUAGUAUAAACUGAAGCUUCAUAUUUUUAUAUAAACUUACUUACAAUGAUAUUAUAGUGGAUCUGUUAUAAGGACAAACCAUCGGUUUUCGAUCGAAUUCUUCAAAAUCAAUGUGGUAUAUAUAUAUAUAUAUGUUGUAAUCGGAUGAUGAUGUAUUCCAGAAUAAAAAAAAACAUCAAUCAUUAUUGAAAAUGAUCAAUUUUAUUCCUAAAAUUAUAAGUUCUCAGUUUUCAGGCUUUAUUCCCCGUUUAGAUUAUCUUCUUUUUACUACAUAUGUUAUACCCUUCGAAAUUGCCAAAAUAUAUAGGUCACAUGGUCACCAACCUCGUUUUCAUGAUCGUUUAUGUGAAAACGGGCUUAAAAAAUAAGAACACACUGAACACACCCGCGACAUUACGGUUCCGUGACUGAAUUAAAGUACCUAUUCCUUAUUUUUAGCCUGGGUUUUUAGUAUUCGUAUUGUCAUCUGAUAAAGUCAUUCUGAUUUUAAGGUGCACAGUUUUCUCUGCUUUUCUGUUUCUGUUUGAACCCGUCGACCCGAAACUUGUUAAUUAUUGUUUAUAAUAAUUAUGUGGAAAACAAAAGGGCCUGGAAUGGUGUAAUAUUUGAUCAACACCAUUGUCCUAUAUUAGUUAUAUAAAAAAAUGAAUUCUUUGAUUUGUCGUUUUUAUGUCAUGCCGGCUAACAAAUUGGAAAGUUCCAACGUCUUAUUUUUAGCCUUGAUUUUUAUUAUUGGUAUUGUCAUCUGAUAAAGUCAUGCUGAUUAUUAGGUGCAUAGUUUUCUCUGCUUUCAAAAUCAUUCUGUUUGAACCCUACCUGGUUUUCUUACUACAACCGGAAACUACAUGUGACAUAUACUAUUGGUAUCGGUAUCGGAUUCGACCCAGAACUUGUUGAUUAUUGGUAAUAUUAAUUAUGCUGAAAACAAAAGGGCCUAUAAUAAUGUAAUGUUGAAUCAACACCAAAGUCCUAUAUUAGUUAUAUAUAAAGUUGAAUUCAACUCAAUUUCAAAACAAGUAAACAAAUUCUCCGCUUUGGCUUAUUAAAAUUUUUAAUGUUAAAAUAUUUUCUAAUAUUUAAUGGCUGAUUCAUAAGAACAAAACAUUAUGAAAUGGUAUCAAACACUCAGAUAUCAAGUAUUUUAGUUUGAUAACGAAUAUAAGAUAAUUACUGUAGACCUUAAUUGCCAAGGAUUCAAAAAGAGAUAAACAACAGUAUAUAAGACACUACUUAGAAAAACUCAAGACUGAGCAACACGAACCCCACCAAAAACCAGGGUGACAUCAUGUAGGGUAAGCAGAUCCUGCUCCAGUAAGUACAAACUCGGUUAUAAGUCACCUGAUGAUGUCACAUUCGAGAAAAAGAGGACGGAAGUGUGGUUACGACAAUUAGAACAGAUUUGUCGUCAUCUAUGAAAUAGAUAUUCAAUAACGGUCAACCAACUCGUGACAGCGUUCUUAAAUGUUUUGUAUUACUGUCUCACUGUGAAUGUGGAAUAAUUAGUGAAAUGAUAUUAUGGUAACAAAGUUAUUAUAGAUAAUUAAAUCAUAUAAAAAAAUGCAAUUUUGAAGACAACAGGAAAGAAAUAUGCAGAAAAAACCUAAAACGUUGAAAUAAACGUUAAAAGCUAAUGAUAUCAGAUGUUCUUGAUGGUG